CGGGUGGCUGGUAGCACGGGGAAUGGAAUGUGCCUUCUGUUGGGGGGCUCAGGCGUCGGGAAGACGCUGCUGGUGAAACGCUUACAGAAACUAUGCUCCCGGGAUGGCAAGGGAGACCUGGGGGACCCUCCCCCUACACGACCCACGGUGGGCACCAACCUCACUGACAUCAUGGUCCCAAGAAAGAUCACCAUCCGCGAACUCGGGGGAUGCAUGGCUCCCAUCUGGUCCAGUUACUAUGGAAACUGCCGAUCACUUCUGUUCAUGAUGGAUGCCUCUAACCCCACCCAGCUGUCUGCCUCCUGUGUGCAACUCUUGGGUCUCCUUUCUGCAGAACAACUUGCAAACGUAUCAGUCCUGAUUCUUUUCAAUAAAAUUGACCUACCCUGCUACAUGACCACAGAGGAGAUUCAGUCAUUAAUCAGGCUGCCGGACAUCAUUGCUUGUGCUAAGCAGAACAUCACCAUAGCAGAAAUCAGUGCCCACAAAGGCACUGGCUUGGCCAGGGUACUGCGCUGGCUCCAGGACCAGCAUUGAACCAGCAGCUGACAAGUGGAGAAGUAUGGCUGGCCUACCAGGUGACCAGGAGGCAGAAGAUGGCAUUGCUUGACUCCUGAUGAUUUUUUAAUGAGAGGGGAAUAACAACAUAGCUCUAGAUGAUAGGGCUCCUUGCUAAACUGCAUCAGAGGGUACACAGAGAUACCCAGAGUACAGAAGCUGCUGACGCUUGGCCUCUGAAGAAAAAAAAAAAA